AUGUCUCUCAAGUCCCUCGUGACGGACCCUGCUGCUGCCUACCAUGCAGCAGGGGUCAUCUCCACCGGCCCUCUGCUGCACAUCUCCGGACAGCCCGGGACACUGGCGGGCCAGGCCCCCUCCGAUGGUCUCUCGCAGAUCCAUCUGGCGCUGCUCAACCUGCACCGGGUCAUCGCGGCGGCCGGGGCCUCUCCACGGGACAUUGUCAGCCUGACCCUCUACGUUGUCAAUUACGAUGCGGCCAACCGUCUGCACCCGAAGCCUCUACAGACCUUUCUGGCCGGCCAUCUGCCCGCUGUCACGGUCGUGCCGGUGCCUGUGCUGGCUGUGCCCGACUGGAGGUAUGAGAUUGCCGCCACCGUUGCAGUCCCCUCCCCAGCAGUCCCCGCGUCGCUGCCCGCGCCCACCGAUGGCGAGGUCGACGUCCUGGUCAUCGGCGCCGGGCUCUCUGGACUAGCCGCCGCCGAAUCCGUCAUCCAGUCCGGCCUCUCGUGCCUCAUUCUGGAAGGCCGUGACCGGGUGGGCGGGAAGACCUGGACUCAGCCCCUCCCCAGCGGCACCGGAGUCGUCGAUCUCGGAGCGGCCUGGAUCAACGAUACCAACCAGACGGAAAUGAUUUCCCUCGCCCGCCGCGCCGGGGUCGAGCUCAUCGAGCAGAACACCACCGGAAAUUGUCUCCUCGAGCAAGCCGACGGCCCAACCGUCCUCUUCCCCUACGGCCAGACCCCAUGCAUCACUCCGCAAGCCCAGAGCGAGCUGGACAGCGUCCGCGAGAUGUGCGAGGCCGACUGCCAGGCGCUUUCCUGCAGCGACCCGGCCGACCCGGCCCUCGACUCGCGCUCCUUCGACGCCUACCUGCAAUCGCGCAACGUCAGCCCCGCCGCCCGGGCCACCGCCGCGGUCUGGACCCGCGCCAUGCUCGGCCACGAGCCCACCGACGUCUCCGCCCUCUACUUCCUCAACUACUGCCGCUCCGGCGGGGGACUGAUCCAGAUGCGCUCCGACCGCCGCCACGGCGCGCAGUACCUCCGCGUCCGCGAGGGGACGCAGCGCUUCUCCCAAGCCAUCGCAGCGGACCUCCCCGCGGACACGAUCCAGUUCAACGAGCGCGUCGCCGCCAUCCGCCAGCGCCCGGGGACUGGGACUGGCGCCGUCGUCGUGUCGCGGUCCGGACGAGCCAUCCACGCCCAGACAGUCAUCUGCGCGAUCCCGACCCCCGUCAUCAAGUCCAUCCGCUUCGACCCGGCGCUGCCGCCCAAGAAACAGCUGCUGGUCGACUCCUUCCGGUACGGAUACUACACCAAGGUGAUGCUGGUCUUUCGGUCGGCCUGGUGGGUGGCGCGCGGGUACUGCGGGCUGGUGCAGUCGUUCCGGGGCCCGGCCUCCAUCUACCGCGACACGAGCAGCCCCCGGGACGGGAAGUACGUGCUCACCGCAUUCUUGGCCGGGGAGAGCGGGCGCCAGUGGGCGCAAGAGAAAGAGGUGCGGCUGCGCGAGCAGACGCUGCUGACCCAGCUCGGCCAGAUCUACAAUGAGCCGGAUCUGCCAGCCCGCGAGUUUGUGGAGGCGCUGGGCCACGAGUGGUGCGAGGAGGAAUUGGCGGGCGGGGGGUGUCCGUGUCCCGCGCUGCCGCCGGGGGUGUUGACGCUGGCGGGUGAGGCGUUACGCCAGCCAGUGGGGAAUGUGCAUUUUGUGGGGACGGAGACGGCGGCGGAGUGGAAGGGGUAUAUGGAGGGGGCGGUGCGGAGUGGACGACGGGGAGCGAGGGAGGUGGUGCAGGGGUUGAAUCGGAGUCGACUGUAG